UUUAUCUGACCUUGGUGGAAUGACAUCCACUUUGGUAAUCAUGGGCAGGAGUUAAUUGCCUCAAUCUAAAAUUAAAAAGAAAAUAAAGACUUGCAUAGUCUAGCUCUAAAAUUUCUCUAGGCUGCCAGGGCAGAGCAGACUCAUUGUCAAGUUGCCAUCGACCAAGGCCCCCAGGUCCCUUCCACCAGUGCUGCUGUCCAGUCUGUUUCCCAGUCUGCCCGUACAUCCAGGGUUGCUCUGUCUCAAGUGCAGAAUCCAGCGCUGGCCCUGGCCAGACUUCAUACAAGUGGUGAUCGCCCAGUCCCCUCACUUGUCCAGGUCUCCCUGCAGGGCCUGUCUUCGACGGAGUCGACAGCUCCUCACAACUGACAAUCACCGGCCAGCAGACAAACGACGUUCUUAGGACGGAUUCCUGAGGCUGCCGCAGAAAGCGCUAUCUGUUACCCUCCAAGCCAAACCUUUGCCCGCAAAGCCAUUCCACGCGUUCCUGUGGCUCCUCGGGCACGAAGCGGGCGGCGGGGGCUGUGUCCGGCCUGGGGCGGGCCCGGCCCCCCUCCCUCGCCCCGGAGCCGCCCUCGGCCCCUCCCGCGGGGUCGCCCGGCAACGCGGCGGACGCGGCGGCAGCGACCCGCGGCCAUGGCCUCCAAGGCGGGCAAGAAGAAGGAGCUCUCCAGCGGCGCCGGCGCCUCCUCCAAAACGCCAUCUAGGCUUUCCAAGGUAGCUGCUUCUGAUGAGAAGUGGAGAUUUCCUAUUUGGCCAGAAUGGAAUGAUGCAGAUAUCAAUGCAGAAAAAUGGGAUACUGGAAAAGCUGGAAAAGAAAAACCUGGAAAAGGUCAAAUUUCACCUGGAUUUGAUGAUCCUGAAGGGAAAAUAAAGUUGCCAGCAUCCUUAAAAGUGCAUUCAUGGAAACGCCCACAAGAGUUUUUAACAAAAGAGGUUCCUGUGGUAGUCCAAAAUGAAACCUCAUUUGACCUUGUUUCAGCAAAUGAGCACAUAUUUUGUUGUGAGCUGAUGAGAUGGAUUGUAAGUGAAAUCUAUGCUGUCUGGAGGAUAUAUAAUGAUAAUUCCUUAGAUAGUGAAACACCCACACUUGUUUGGAAACCUUGGGAGCACAUUUAUGCCUUAUGUAAAGGUACCAAGGAACACAUACCGCUGUACAAUAAAUUUGGAAAAUAUAUAUUAAAACUUUAUUGGAUGGGUUGCUGGAGAAAGAUCAUCGUGGAUGACACUAUGCCGUUCAGUGAAGAGGAGAAUUUGUUAUUACCAGCUACAACCUGCCAAAAUGAACUUUGGCCAAUGUUGCUGUCCAAAGCUAUAAUUAAGUUAGCAAAUACUAGUAUACAUGAAGCUGGAAAAAGAGAGAUGGAGGAAUUUACAGUUCUUCAAACACUGACAGGAUGGAUACCAGAAGUUAUUCCUCUCCAGCCUGAAUACUUGGACAAAGUUUGGGGCUUUUUGAAAGAGAUUGUGCCAGAAUUCAAGUUGCCAGAGAAGAAGGCUCCAGAAUUUGAGUUUACUCAGGAUGAUACAAAGACUGAAGAGACUAGAGACUCAGAGUUAAAAAGUGAGCUUUCAUCUGCGAGUAAGCUGCCAGAUUCAACUGAGAGAGCAGAGACAGCCAAUAUUGUUAGCAAAGAAAAAGCAGAACAGAAAAAAGUAGGGAAGAAAACAAAAGGAGGAGAGAAAGAAAAAGGCAAGGUAGCACUUCAGUCUCAAGGAAAGUUGGCAAAAGCCCAAGGCCUUCAGGACUUAACUGAAAAAUCACCCACACCAACCCAGCCAGAAAUGGUGGCGUACGCUGGCUGCAUACCGCUGUAUCUGUGUGAAGAGGACAUUUUUUUAUUAACACGAAUGGCUGAUUCUUCAGAGAAGAUGAGGCAAUAUGGGCUUUCCCAUACACACAGCCAUCCUGUCCUGAUCACUAGAACUAGGUCCUGUCCUCUGGUAACACCUCCAGAACCACCACCACUUCCUCCUUGGAAGCUUUUCCGUCUUAAAAAGGAAGUUGUUGUGACAUCUGAACCCCAAGAGCCUGUGGUAGAGAAACCUGAAAAACAUGUUGAGAUUGCUAGCCUAUUUUUUAAAUACAAAUUGGAUACUAUCAAAAUCCCAACAGACACCCACUUUCUACAGUCUACCCUUAAAAAAGGAUUUGAUUCUAUAUCCCAUCUCACUUUUGUUACUGAAACUGAUGAAAAUGAAAGUGACAGUAAUGGGGAUAUGAGUCAAAAUUGGAGACACUUAAAUGCAGAAGAUUAUUCUCAGGAGACCAUUCCCUUGUUGCAACAAAAUGCUGAGGUACUCAGUAAAGAAGAACAUGACAAUAUCAGUUUAGAUACAAAACAAACCUCAGAAAGAGCUGAUAUGGAUAUGAAGAGCCAGACAGGGACUAAAUCAAAGGAUGAAACAGCAUCAGAAAAGAUUUCAGUUUCCAAGGAAACCUGGAUUACCUUUGAAGAUUUCUGUGUUUGUUUCCAGAGGCUGUAUCUUUUCCACAAGCCACAUACAUAUGCUUAUAAUUAUCAGAAGACAUGUUUUAAGUCUUCUGAUGAGGAUAUCUUCUAUUAUUUACUUGUGGACAGUCUGAUGCCUAUUGAAAUCCUGGUUAGCUUUUCUGCAUUAGUGCACUGGUAUGCUACUGAAGGUACUAAACAAGACUGUUCAACAGGUGUGCUGAGGGUUGAAUAUUUCUCUUGGAAAUCUAUGGCUCCUGGAGAACUUGUGUUAAAAAUGCAUACAUCUGCAACCAAAGCUACUGUGGUAAAUCUUCCUGUUGGGCGACACAUCCUGCUCUUCACAGUUACUUGUCCCAUAGGGCACCACAUUCAACUGUGUAGCAUGGUGCCAUGUGUCUUUGGAGAAGAGGAUGCUGUGUUUCCAGCUCUUCAGAAGGAGAGCUCUCGAUUUAUAGAACAGGCUACAGCUAUCCUGAGAGCUGUUGGAAAUGUGAUAAAUAAUUACAGCAGUAAGGAUGAGCUUCCUAAGGCCUUGAAGGAAUUGGAAGUAUCUUAUUGUCCCCCUGGCCUCCAUGAUACUAAAAUAGCUGAAGAAAACAUCAAGGUUUUCAAUAAUGCAUUUUGGUAUUUGAUUGAAUAUGUAUCUGACAAGAAGGAUCUUUACAGAUACAAAUUUGCCUUCAGGUCCUUUACUUUGGAUUUUGAAGAUACUGAUAUUUCUGGGGAUGACACUGUGUUUUCAGGAAGCAACAGGACUUCCAGCUUAGUUGAUGUUACUCAUUCUUCCAAUCCUUCAGAGAGCAGUGAGGAGAAAUCCCUUAGUAGUUGUGAGAAUCGAACUCCCACAUCUGAAGAAGAAGCAGCAGCUCUCAAAAUUCAAGCCAUCUGGCGAGGGACCUAUAUUAGGAAAAUACUAAAGAGCAGAGAACCAGGUACUAAAGAAAACAAUGAUGUUGAAGAAACUUUGAAAAACCUGUGGACUAUGAUUGAGUUAGAUUUUGAGCAGUGUGCUGUAACAUUGUUAAGAGAAAUAUUUAAAAGAAACUGUAAUUCAGUUGAAAAGUUUCCUUGUUAUGAAGAUGAAUGGUGUAAGAUGUAUUUCACUGACUAUUCAGUAACAUAUGCUGACCAACCACCAAAUGCCUGGUUUCUGGUUUUCAGAGAAAUAUUUAUUGUCCCAGAAGACAUGUUUAUAUUCACAAAGGUGUUUACCACUAUCCCUUUCUGUAGACUUCACGUUCUUGAUAAUGACACGCAGGAGGAAAUGCCACAUGCCUUUUUCAAAGUGGCACCUCAUGUUUAUCCCAAAAAUAAGAAAGGAUACACUUUUGUGGCUGAAGCACACACUGGUGACCAACCUGUGCCAGGUGGCAAAUGGAAGCUCCGCUUCAUCAGCUCCCAUAGUGCCCUUCCGUUUCUCUCUCGUGAGGCUGUAAAUGACACCUAUUCUACUCUACAAUUUAAGGAGUAUUACAUACCCAACAAAGAGUUCCUACUGUUUAGGUAUUUUGUAAAGGUCACAGCACCACAUACUGCUACAUUGCAGGUACAAACCUCUAAUUCAGAUGUGCUCAUUAAACUACAAGUUCUAGAUAAUGAGAAGGAAAUUAAAAGUGUCAUUGGAAAGGGCAAUGCAGUCAUCCCAGUUUUUAAUUUCUGGAGUGAGCAAUCACUUCUGAGCUCCCAGUUAAAAAAUCUACAAGUUAUUCACAGUAAUACAGUGAAGAGAUUAGAAACUGGGCGAUUAAAAAAAGGAAGUCGUAAUUCGUCAAAGGACAGCAAAAGUUCUUCCAAGACAGACCUUGUACAGGAAUGCUCAGUGAUAUUAACAGAUGAAUCUUCAGUCUCAGAAAACUUUGAAAAUAAUUUUGGAAGUCCACAACAAUCUCACCAGUAUUCAAUAGAGGCAUUGGUGUUGCAUGAUAGUUGGCCACUUACUGAGAGUGAGUCUUUGCUUGUUCAGGAACUGAAAGAAAUGCAGAAAGAUGAAAUCAAAGUUAAAAAGAUUGCAAUUAUUCCUAAAUCAACCAGAAGAUCAAAAGAUAAAGCAUUUGAGAAGAUAGAAGAAGAGACGUUCCGGAAAGAAAGUUCAUCACUUGAAUCUCAGCCAGGGGAGUCAAAUGCACCCUACUGUAUUUUACGCAUAGUUAGUGACCAGAACGAGGCAGACUUUCUGGAGGUGAAAAAGGACACCCGGCGAGUGGAUGAGAUCAGAGCCAUGAAAGAAGCAUGGGAGUCUGCAGAGCCAGGGAGAGCUGUCAAGGCUUUUCAGGAACGUGUGCGUUUUAUUAAUAAGUAUGCUGUGAGAGACUCAGAGGAGCCCAUAGCUGAGGCUGAGACGGCUGACUUAACACCUAGCUCAGGAGAAGCAGGAAAGCAAUCACCACAAACAGCUAUUGACUCAAGGUUAAAAACACAGCAAAAGAAAUGGGAGCUUAUAGACCUUAGUCCUUACAUGAGAAAAACAAUGUCUGAACCUGUGCUGAGAAAUGAGUCUAUCAUUCAGCAGCAACAGAUACAUAAAGAAGAAAAAUUCAACCAUUUUAGGCAACUUUGCAUGCUGGCUAUGGAACAAAAACAAAAAGAAGAAAAUGAGAGAAUUUUAUUGAAGCAAAAUAUACUUGAAAUGUAUGAGAACCUGCAGGCAUCCUUGGAUGAAGCACGAGGCAGACUUUACAGCAUUCGGGAAGCAUACAGAAAUCAGCUGCUGGAGGCCGAGCGCAGAAAAGAAGAAGAACUGGCAGCUCAGGAAGCAGCCCUGAAAGCAGCGAAGAAAAAGAAAAAACGGUAAAAGGUUUAGCGAGAAAAAGUGUAGUUGCUAUCACUUGUGAAUUAUAUUUAACAGUUUGGGAAAGAAAGUUCAUAUGCAAAGAUGAGAAAAAAAGUUUAUUACUUUCAAGUACUUUUGGCAACUAUAUCACAUUUUAUCUCUUUGCCUGUUGCUAGUGAAAAAAUUUAUCUAGUAUUCUACAAAGUUACUCACUACUAUUAAAGUUUUUAUGCUUUGCUCGAAUAACUUUGCAAUAAAAUACA